CGGGCCUCCCCCAUUCAGCCACAGACUUCUCCACUGCAGAUCCUCUGAGUGUUUUCUUCGCACGCGUUUAGAGAACUGUUUUUAAUAAAAAGCUCAUCCUCUCCAAGGGAUUGACAUAAAGCACCGGAAAUACCAGAAGAUGACUUCUGAAAAUAAAGCUGGAAAUUCAGAUAUCACCAGCAAACCAGCCGUCAGUGAAGAACAAGCCAUUAAGUUGACAGAAACACUUUAUGGCUUUCGAGUCUCCAAAGUAAAGCCUUUGCCAAGUUAUGAUGACCAGAAUUUCUACAUCCAGGCUGGAGAUGAUGGAGAUUCUAUACAAAGAGAGUAUAUUUUGAAGAUCACAAAUGGUGAAAGCAGUAAGAACGCUGAGUUAAUUGAAGGGCAGACAUGUGCGAUGAAGUUCCUGAAUGAGGAAGGUCUUCCUACACCGAAUCCUCUGCCCACUAAAACUGGUGAAAUCAUGUCUCUAGAGUCUAUUGAUUACAGUGGUGUCAUACAGAAACAUAUAGUAAGACUUCUGACCUACCUGCCUGGGACACCAGCAGCUGAAAUCGAAGCAACCCCUGAAAUCUUAUUUGACAUUGGGAGAAUAGCUGCUACUAUUGAUGAAACUUUAACAAAGAAAUUCCAGCACUCAUGUAAGAAAAGUUUUGAUCGUGGUGAGUUUAUCUGGAACUUGUCAAACACCCCAUUGCUAAAACAGUACACAUAUGCUGUUAAAGAAAAGAAUUUACGUCAGAAAAUAGAAGGAGUCAUCACUCAAUUUGACAAUUCCGUCAAACAAAAUUUAAAAAGUUUUCGACAAUGCAUAAAUCAUGGGGACUUAAAUGAUCACAAUUUGCUAUUGGAGAAGAUCAGCACAUUAAAUGGAAAUAUCAGAAAUGAGUAUAGAAUCUCAGGAAUUCUGGAUUUUGGUGACAUGAGCUAUGGGUAUUAUGUUUUUGAAGUUGCAAUCACAAUAAUGUAUAUGAUGAUCGAAAGUACUGACCCUCUACCUGUAGGUGGAUAUGUUCUAGCAGGGUAUGAGAGUAUGGUUCCCCUGACAAAAGAGGAGAAGGAAGCCCUAUUCACUCUAGUGUGCUGUAGGUUUGCCCAGUCUCUGGUAAUGGCAAGAUACAGUGUUUUACUUUGCCCACAAAAUGAGGAAUAUCUUAUGGUAACAGCAAAAACUGGAUGGAAGCAUCUGAUGGCACUGCUGGAUACGGGAAAAGAGGUUGUCGAGAAGAUUUGGGAGGACACUGCAAGAUCAUUUCUUGAUAAAAGAGAGGAGAAUUGAAGUGAGGGAUAAAAGUGGAUCUAUCGUCAUAAUAUUCUUCCUUUUAGAACCUACUGUACAUAUACCUGCUGCUAUACUACAGGGGAGACUUGUAUAAAUACAGUACUGUGCAAAGUGUGGAAACAAUGCGACAGUAAGAAUACUUUGAAAAUCAAUAGUCUAUUUUUAUCAAUUCACGAAAUAAAAGGUAGUAAACAGAAGAGAAAUCUAAAUCAUAUCAGCAUUUGGUAUGACCUUUGCCCUUUGCCUUCAUAACAGAAUCAAUUCUUCUAGGAAGGCUUGCACAAAGUUUUUGAAGGAAGCAAUGGAGAACUAAUAAUAGAUCUUCUGUGGAAGUAGGCUUGCACAAAUCCUUCUGUCUUUUCAUGUAAUCCCAGACAGAUUCCAUGAUGUUGCGAUCAGGGCUCUGUGAUGCCAUAUGCUUUCUUCUAGGACCUUGUUCUUCUUUAUGUGGAAGAUAGUCCUUAAUGACAUUGGCUUUAUGGCUGGGUUUGUUGUCAAGCUACAGAAUAAAUUUGGAGCCAAUCAGAUGCCUCCCUGAUGUUACUGCAUGAUGGAUAAAUAUCUGUUUUUAUUUCUCAGAACUGAGGACACCAUUACUUCUGACCAAAUCUCCAAUGCAGUUUGUUGAAAUGCAGCCCCAAACGUGCAAGGAAACUCCACUGAACCUCUUUUCAGCCCCUCAAUAAAUAAACUGCCUUCUAUUACAGUCAAACAUUUAAAGAGUACCUGUCAUCAAACCAUAUUUUCCAAACUAACUCAGACUAUAUUCCCUAACUACUCCUAACACCCCUCCUGCCCUAAAAAAAAUUCCAAGCAUUAAAAAGCUGUGUAUCAUACCUUUCCCCUUGCUCACAUUGUGUGAGCUCCUGGUAGGAGAAAGUGGGUGUUCUCCAGCAGGGGCGACAUCACUGAAGCCUGCCAGAGCUGUGCCUCACCAUGCCAGGCACGCACUUCCUGAGUUUGGACUUCUGCAAGUCCGGGUGGAGACCAAAUUAACUGUUUAGGAACAAAACAGAGCCACCUAGUGGCCGUUUUUGCAAUCACAUUAAAAACAUAUAAAGGUUGAGAAUUUUAUCAGCAAUAAUCUGAUAAUAGCAUAAGGAACACUAUGUUAAAAGUUUAGUGUGGUGACAGGUACUCUUUAAAAAUGUCAACUCUUUAGUCCAGAGCACCUGCUGAAAUGUUUCUGCAUCACACUUCCUAAUUUUUCGUCAAUAGUUGAGUCACCUUGUUUCCAUGCCAAAGGUAUGGCUUUUUGGCUACAGUUCUUCCAUGAAGACCACUUCUGGCCAGACUACUCUAAACAGUGCACAGAUAUUCCUGGGUCCCACUGGUUUGGUCUGCUGCAUUGUUUCCUUGUCCUACCACAGUGGCAUUUCUGGUCCCUUCUGCACAGAGCCACAGACAACAUUAGUCUAUUCCCACGACUGCCAGGCCUGUUGACAGCAGGGCUGCCUAAUCUAUGAGACAACCCAGAUGCAGAUAUCAUACUAUCCAGGCAUGGCUCCAGCAUUAAUUUAAAUGGCUGGCUUUUGGCCACAGUCGCCCAUGAUUGGAGCUUCUGCUGUCACUUGCCUUCCUGGACAGUUGCCCAUUUCUUCAUACUUCUUCAAAAGAGUUUGAAAAGCACAUCUAACCCUAGUCUGCUGGUGCAUUAUAUCUACCUUAUGUAUUGUUGCUGUGCUUUGUUUUGCCAUGGUGCACGACCUGUGACGUGACUCUGUCUUUCACAACCUCAUCUUUGUAGCAGAGUUUGACUGUUCCUCCCCCUUAGAAGAAUUUAUGCUAUUUUGAAGGAAAAGGUGGUCAUAUCAAAUAUUUAUUUAAUGUGACCACCUUUGGGAAUAUACAGGUGAAACUCGAAAAAUUAGAAUAUUGUGCAAAGUUCAUUUAUUUCAGUAAUGCAACUUAAAAGGUGAAACUAAUAUAUGAGAGAGACUCAUUACAUGCAAAGCAAGAUAGUUCAAGCCGUGAUGUGUCAUAAUUGUGAUGAUUACGGCUUAGAGCUCAUGAAAACCCCAAAGGCCCCCCCCCCCAAUUACUAUGAUUUGGGGAGCCAUGUCAUCUGCUGGUGUUGGUCCACUGUGCUUCAUUAAGUCUAGGGUCAACACAUCCGUCUACUAGAUUUUGGAGCACUUCAUGCUUCCUUUCCUUUUAAGUUGCAUUAAUGAAAUACACUGAACUUUUGCACGAUAUUCUAAUUUUUCGAGUUUCACCUGUAACUAGACUGGCGUAUUACAAGCAGGUCUUUAGUAAAAUCCUGCUGGUGUUCUGUUUGCAAGAUUUAUGAAGCGGUAUAUGCUCAUAAUAAAUCUGCUCCUCAGUGGCUGCACACUGCACUGCACUUUAAAAUCCACACCAGCUCUGACUUACCAUAGAUUUAAAGGGGCACUCCAUCCCUAGAUAUCUUAUCACCUAUCCAUAGGAUAGGGGACAAGAUGUCUGAUCCUGGGGCCCCCGCAAUCUCUGUGCAGCACACGGCGUUUGUA